UCUACUAAGCCAACGGAAAAAUAAAGGAAUUAAAAAAAAUUAAAACCAUUAGCAGUCGCCGUAAACGCGGUUGGGGAAGAAACCAAGGCCACCGUGGAAGAAGGAAGGAGAGACACUAGGCUGCCUUAUCUUGCACUUGUUCAGAAGCCAUCUGACGCAUUUGGUGUCUGGACUGAAACACGGUCGUCGGGAACGCAUUUGGUGUCUGGACUGAAACACGUUCUCCUCUGUAAUGGAAAAAAAACUCUGAAGAUUGUAUAUCUUGGUUCCAUUGACCUCACUUGUUGAAAGCGACGGCAACGAAGAAGAAGAGAGUUUACAGCGUUACUACUAUUAUUUAUUACUAGUACUUAGAUUGUUGGCACCGAGGAAAGAAGAGUUGGGAUGAUCUAUUAUGGCCCAGCAGUCCUCUCGUCUCCACCGCCUCCUCACUCUCUUGGACACUGGUUCAACCCAAGCGACCAGAUUUACAGCUGCUCGGCAGAUAGGGGACAUUGCCAAAGCGCAUCCUCAGGACUUGAGCUCUCUGUUGAAAAAGGUCUCCCAAUAUCUUCGUAGCAAAAACUGGGAUACAAGGGUUGCUGCCGCUCAUGCUGUUGGGGCUAUUGCUGAGAAUGUGAAGCACACCUCUUUGAUUGAACUCUUUACUUGUAUUAAAUCGAAGGUGGCUGAUGCUGGGAUAUCUGGUUCUAUUGAAGAUAUGGUUGCCUUCCCUAUUUUUGAUUCUAACGUUGCUGGCACGUCAUUUAGAAGCUUUGAUCUCAAAAAGGUUUUGGAGUUUGGUGCUCUGUUUGCAUCUGGGGGACAGGUAAUGCAGUAUGAUGUUGGCAAUGAUCAUAUGAGCCCGAGGGAGAAACUGGCUCGACAGAAACAAACACUCCUUUCGAAUACAGGUUUGGAUAUAUGUGAGCGGUUCAUGGAUGUGAAUGAUAUGAUAAAAGAUGAAGACCUUAUUUUACACAACUCGCAUGGGAAUGGGACUAAUCCAAGAGUUUAUACAUCACAUAGUAUUCAGCAAUUAGUUGCAAAUAUGGUUCCUAGUGUCUUAUCAAAAAGGCCAAGUCCCAGGGAAUUGAAUCUUUUAAAACGAAAAGCAAAAAUCACUUCGAAAGACCAGUCAAAAGGUUGGUCUGAGGAUGGGGAUGUGGAGGUGUCAUGUGCUCAAAAUAUACCACCAAAGGGGGCAUGUCCUGACUCAUUCGGGACUAAUAAGGAAUUUUUGGACCUUGAUAAUCACGAAGAAAAAGUUGAACAUGAUGGAGAAGGGCGGUGGCCUUUUCAUAGCUUCGUUGAGGAACUAAUCCUAGAUAUGUUUGAUCCAGGUUGGCUUCUAUUAUUUUAUUUCUACCAGGAGAUGCUUCAUGAUUUGCUUGACCGGGUCCUGUCUGCAUGUAAAGCUGGCCUGGAGGACCCCGAUGAUGAUGUUCGAGCAGUAGCUGCAGAUGCUUUGAUACCUACCUCAGCUGCUAUUGUUGCUUUAAAGGGUGAAACUUUGCAUUCUAUAGUGAUGUUGCUUUGGGAUAUAUUACUUGAUUUGGAUGAUUUAAGUCCAUCCACUAGCAGCGUAAUGAAUCUUUUGGCGGAAAUCUAUUCCCAGGAAGACAUGAUUCCUAAGAUUUUUGAGGCAUUGACAUCACAAGAGAUUGAUUUGAAUGAAUUGGGUAGCAUUGAUGAUACGGGAGAAGGAUUAAUUUCGCAAGAUAAUCCUUUCAUGUUAUCAACACUUGCACCGCGAUUGUGGCCCUUUAUGAGGCAUAGUAUCACAUCAGUUCGUUAUUCAGCUAUCCGCACGUUGGAACGACUACUUGAAGCAGGAUACAAAAGGAGUCUCUCUGAGUCUUCGAGUACUUCAUUUUGGCCUUCUUUUAUCUUGGGUGAUACCCUUCGGAUUGUUUUUCAGAAUUUACUGCUUGAAUCAAAUGACGAAAUUUUGAAACGUUCAGAGAGAGUUUGGGGGCUCCUUGUUCAGUGUCCAUUAGGUGACUUGGAAAUUGCUGCAAGGUCAUAUAUGUCCUCUUGGAUAGGACUUGCAACUACUCCGUAUGGAUCAGCAUUAGAUUCUACAAAAAUGUUUUGGCCUGUUGCUCUCCCACGAAAGAGUCAUUUUAAAGCAGCAGCUAAAAUGAGAGCUGUGAAUCUUGUAAAUGAGUCUUGUAGAAACAUUGGGUUGGAAUCUUCGAAGGGAUCCAUUCCGGAGGAAAAAGGUGGAGAUGCUUCAACCAAUAAUGUUCAGAUAGUUGUUGGUGCGGAUGUUGAAAUGUCUGUUAUGCGUACCAGAGUGGUUACUGCAGCUGCAUUGGGAGUUUUUGCUUCUAGAUUGCAUGAAGGUUCAAUGCAGUAUGUAAUCGAUCCACUGACUAAAGCAUUUACCUCUUUAUCUGGUGUCCAGCGGCAGGUGGCAUCUAUGGUUCUUCUUUCUUGGUUCAAAGAGAUUAAAAGUGCAGAUGUGUUUGAAAACGCUGGAGUUAUGCCAGGUUUUCUGAACCAUCUCAAACAUUUGAUGUUGGAUUUCUUGGCAUGCUCUGAACCUGGUUUCCCUACAAACGAUCCUUGUCUUCCUUAUGCUGAGCUUUCAAGAACGUAUUGUAAGAUGCGUUGUGAGGCUAGUCAGUUGUUAAAUGCUAUUCAAUCAUCGGGUAUGUUUCAGAGUUUGUUGUCUACUACCAAAAUUGACUUGGAAAGGUUGAACGUGGACAAUGCAAUUAAUUUUGCAUCAAAACUUCCAAUGUUGUGUAAUGAUAUUGGGGGAAAUGAUUCUUUGGAAAGGCACAUUGUUGACGAUAUAGAGUCAGCAAAACGACGACUUUUGACAACUUGUGGAUAUUUAAAAUGUGUUCAGAGCAAUCUGCAUGUUACUGUCUCUUCUCUUGUUGCUGCUUCUGUUGUUUGGAUGUCAGAGCUCCCUGAACGACUAAAUCCAAUUAUUCUGCCUUUGAUGGCUUCUAUCAAAAGAGAACAGGAGGAAAUACUACAAGAGAAGGCAGCUGAGGCACUUGCAGAGCUUAUUUCUCAUUGUAUUUCACGUAGCCGAAGCCCAAAUGAUAAGUUAAUUAAGAAUAUAUGUAAUUUAACAUGUGUGGAUCCUAGAGAAACACCUCAAGCUGCAGUCAUCUGUUCCAUAGAUAUUAUUGAUGACCAAGAUCUCCUAUCUUUUGGGACAAAUACUGGUAAGCAGAAAUCAAAGGUCAUUCUGGCUGGUAACGAAGACCGCUCAAAGGUUGAAGGCUUUAUUAGCAGACGAGGCUCUGAACUUGCCUUGAGGCAUCUUUGUGUGAGGUUUGGUGCUUCAUUGUUUGAUAAGCUUCCAAAACUAUGGGAUUGCCUCACUGAAGUGCUUAAGCCUAGUAGUAUUGAGCCCCUUAAUCCUGCAGAUGAAAAGAAAAUUACACAAACUCUAGAAUCUGUGAAGGAUCCCCAGAUCUUGAUAAAUAAUAUCCAGGUAGUACGUUCUAUUGCUCCAAUGCUAAAUGAGGAUCUGAAACCAAAACUACUCACCCUUCUCCCAUACAUAUUUAAGUGUGUUCACCAUUCCCAUGCUGCUGUUAGAUUGGCUUCCUCUAGAUGCAUCACCACAAUGGCCAAGUCAAUGGAAAUGCAUGUGAUGGGAGCUGUAAUUGAAAAUGUCAUACCCAUGUUAGGGGAUAUGACAUCUGUUGAUGCCAGACAAGGUGCAGGCAUGCUUAUUAGUUUGCUUGUCCAAGGACUGGGUGUGGAGCUGGUUCCAUAUGCUCCUUUCUUAGUUGUCCCUCUUCUAAGGUGUAUGAGUGAUUGUGAUCAGUCUGUCAGACAGAGUGUGACUCGCAGCUUUGCUGCCCUUGUACCUCUUCUUCCACUCACACGGGGCCUCCCUCCACCUGUUGGACUAACUGAAGGUUUCUCCAGAAGUGCAGAAGAUGCAACAUUUCUGGAGCAACUACUUGACAACUCCCAUAUUGAUGAUUACAAGCUUUGUACUGAACUGAAAGUGACACUGAGAAGGUAUCAACAGGAAGGCAUAAAUUGGUUAGCCUUUUUAAAACGUUUCAAGCUUCAUGGAAUCUUAUGUGAUGAUAUGGGUCUUGGUAAGACACUUCAAGCAUCUGCUAUUGUGGCUUCUGAUAUAGUUGAGCAUCGAACUUUGAAUGACGGCAAUCCUCCAUCAUCUUUAAUUAUUUGCCCAUCAACACUUGUUGGACAUUGGGCCUUUGAGAUAGAGAAGUACAUUGAUCUUUCCAUAAUAUCUACACUCCAAUAUGUUGGUUCUGCUCAAGAGCGCAUUUCUCUUCGAGAACAUUUUGAAAAGCAUAAUGUGAUAAUAACAUCAUAUGAUGUGGUUCGCAAAGAUAUUGAUUAUCUUGGGAAGCUUCUCUGGAACUAUUGUAUCUUAGAUGAAGGACAUGUGAUCAAGAAUGCAAAGUCGAAAAUUACACUUUCAGUGAAGCAAUUGAAAGCCCAGCAUCGUUUGAUAUUGAGUGGAACACCAAUCCAGAAUAACGUCAUGGAUUUGUGGUCCCUUUUUGAUUUCCUAAUGCCCGGCUUUCUUGGAACAGAGAGGCAGUUCCAAGCUGCUUAUGGAAAACCACUGGUGGCAGCCAGAGAUCCUAAGUGCUCUGCCAAGGAUGCUGAAGCAGGUGCACUUGCGAUGGAAGCAUUGCACAAGCAGGUCAUGCCUUUCCUCCUCCGUCGAACAAAAGAUGAAGUCUUGUCUGAUCUUCCCGAGAAAAUUAUUCAGGACAGGUUCUGUGACCUGAGCCCUGUACAAUUGAAAUUGUAUGAACAGUUUUCUGGGUCACAUGUGAGACAAGAGAUCUCAAGUAUUGUAAAACAAAAUGAGUCAGCAGAUACAGGAGGGCGUAGUGAAUCACCUAGAGCUUCAUCCCAUGUUUUUCAGGCACUUCAGUACUUGCUUAAACUUUGCAGUCACCCAUUGCUUGUUCUUGGAGAAAAGGUCCCUGAUUCAAUUGCAUGCCUGUUGUCAGAGCUACUACCGGGAGGCUCUGAUACAGUUUCAGAAUUGCACAAACCAUACCACUCUCCCAAACUAGUUGCUCUUCAGGAGAUUCUUGAAGAGUGUGGAAUAGGUGUUGAUGCUUCUAGUUCUGAAGGUGCCAUAAGUGUGGGGCAGCACAGAGUCUUGAUAUUUGCUCAACAUAAAGCAUUUCUGGACUUAAUAGAAAGAGACUUGUUUCUCACUCAUAUGAAGAGUGUAACCUACUUGCGGCUGGAUGGGUCAGUUGAACCUGAAAAACGUUUUGAUAUUGUCAAAGCUUUCAAUUCGGAUCCUACAAUCGAUGUUCUGCUACUCACAACCCAUGUUGGUGGGCUGGGCUUGAACCUGACAUCUGCAGACACACUCGUUUUCAUGGAGCAUGACUGGAACCCCAUGCGGGACCAUCAGGCAAUGGACAGAGCACACAGAUUAGGUCAGAAAAAAGUUGUCAAUGUCCAUCGCCUUAUUAUGCGUGGCACUCUCGAAGAGAAAGUUAUGAGCUUGCAAAAGUUUAAGCUUUCAGUAGCUAAUGCAGUCAUUAAUGCUGAAAAUGCUAGUAUGAAAACCAUGAACACAGACCAACUGCUUGAUCUAUUUGCUACUGCAGAAACAUCUAAAAAGGGAACUUCUAUAUUAAAGCAUCCUGAUGGAAAAUUUGAUGGAGAUAUGAAAUUAAUGGGCACUGGAAAGGGGUUGAAAGCAAUUCUUGGUGGGCUGGAGGAGUUGUGGGAUCAAUCACAGUACACCGAAGAAUACAAUCUCAGUAACUUCUUGGCAAAGCUUGAUGGUUGAUGCGAAGCUUACGACUCUGUACAGUAUAUUUCUGCAUCAUGUAAGGACCCAAAUUUUGACAUUGUAGCUCAAGGCGUACUCCUUCCUUUUCAUUAGAGUUCUCCCAUAUCGUAUAAUUUCAGGACGUUGAGGGCAAGAGUUGCAUGAGUGGUUCCAAAGCCUGUCAUUACCGUGCCUUGCAAAGUCAUGGAAAAGGCAAAGAACAAACAAGCAUACCAUUUCCAUGGGAUUUGCAAAGACAUGAGCAAGCAUAUCUUGCAAAGGCAUGCUAAAGGAAGGGCAUGAACAAGCAUGCAGUGACAAUCAACGACCAAAAGCAUAUAUGCUUUUGUUUUUUUUGUUUUUUUGUUUUUGUUUGUUUGAACAAAAAGCAUAUAUGCCUUUACAAGGUGUAAACAAGGCAUGGUUGAAGGCAACGUAAGGCACCACUUAUGUCACAAAGGUGACUAGUCUAAAGCUGCCUAUAAAUGAUUUCUAGGUUUAGAAAUUCUCUGCCAUGGUAUUGGGAUACACUUAAUUCACCACAUUGUUUAAAUUAAAUAUCACAUUAAUAGGAGGGAGGACCACGGAGGACAUUGCAUUUGCAA